AAUGGCAAGAGGUGAAGGACAUCUCACUGGAGGCCACAGGAGCUUUGUGAAGCCAGCGGGACACAAUACAUGGAUAGYUGACCAACCCAUAUCUAUAGAUGAGGGGAGUGGAACCUCAACCCAGCAUGUUAUCGUAAUAGAGUCUGCAGAUGCAGAGGCUGCAGGUCCUGGAGGAUCGUCUCUGGUCAAGCAAGAGAGGACUGAAGGAGAUGACCCACGACACAGCAGAGACAUCCAGACUGGCGCAGUGGCUGGAGUGGRACCCCUUUUAGCCACGGAGGACCCCACCGCCCCGCCCCAGCCCAGGAACCGACGCAGCAUCACGGAGGUCAGUGGAAUGCUGAACGCCGUCCUCAAGUCAGAGACAGACAGCGAGAAUUUAACUGUAACACACAGGCUCWUACACACAGGACCWGACCAAAUGUCAGAKCCAGAGAGACUGGGGCUGGGACCACUGGGCUGUCGUCCUGRUCCUGGCUCAGAYUAUUUGCUUUACGGUAUKCCAAGCCCAAGGAUGGUUCAUUCCCAUCGGGACUCAGGUGACACGUUGGAGACUGGCAAUGAUCUGUCUUGUUCUUACACUACAGAGAUGGACCCUYGCAACAUGCCCUUGGGCUUAGAGAGACAAACUGAUCUGUCUKGAGYGGACUGGAACCAGUACAGUAGUAGUGUAUACACUGAAGGGUGCCUAGAUAAGAAAGGGGACGAUAUAGUGGUAGAUGAUGUGAAAGUGGAGGGCGACGCGRCUCUGACGUGGAAUGUAGACAAGACUCACUUAGGAGAAGGACAUUCAAAAGGCAGAGAUUURUUAGAUUACAGGGAGAGCUUGGAGACAAAUKCAAAUGUCGCAACCCACUCCCAUUUGCACGUGCUCAGGGAUCGUGAGCKUGUGUCCACGUCGAUGGGGCCUUCCAAUUCACAUGGCUGCGUCCUUUUCGAUAAGGUAUUGAACUCAGAGGACCAAAAGGCCAAGGAGCAGGGAGGGAGACCAACAUCUGGCAAUAGCAAAGAGAAACGGUUCCUCUGCACGUUCUGUAACAAAGGCUUCAGCUGCCCCCAGAAGGUGGAGAUCCACCAGAGGGUCCACACAGGAAUAAAACCCUUCAGCUGUACCCAGUGUCACAUGCGCUUUGCUGAGGCUGGCAARCUGAAGAGGCACCAGAGGGUCCACACAGGGGAGAAACCCUUCAACUGUACCCAGUGUCAGAUGCGCUUCACCCAGGCUUGCCACCUGAAGAGGCAUCAGAGGGUCCACACAGGGGAGAAACCCUACAGCUGCCCCCGGUGCGAUAUGCGCUUCGCCCAGGCUGGCAACCUGAAGAUGCACCUGAAGGUCCACACGGAAGAGAGGCCGUUUGCCUGUACGCACUGCGGGAAGAGGUUCUCAGAGAGGAGCUAUCUCAAGAUACACCAGCAGAAAAACCAUUCCACACGAUAGCUUCUGAUUUUCAUUGUUGUCAGCAGAAAAGAUCCACAGAUGCAUUUGGAAUAACGAGAGUAACACAUUUCAGUGUUGAAUAUUCCUGGUAGAAUAUUGCAUUCAGACAUUGUGUGAUAUAUAAGCCUAAAAAGUCUUACAUAUUGUGUUUGUACUGUGUAGGCUAUAUGAUGUUCAAAAUUGCAUGUUUCAUUACCUGCAUUCAACUACCGUACUUAAUUUUUUCCCCAAUACUAUUUCUAUGAGAAAAUGUAUGCGGUUUAUAAACUUCAUGGUGAUUUUUUUGUUGAGACAUUACAUUUACAUUUGAGUAAUUUAGCAGAUGCUCUUAUCCAGAGCGACUUAUAUCACAGUUAUAGCAAGUACAGUUUCCCUCAAAGUAGUUAUCAGUAAUAUCUGUGCAAGUAGGAAAAUACUAUUUGUAUUUAUUUAUUUUAAUGAUUCGGGGGGCUUUCGGAUUCAUUUAAGAUUCUAUUUGAAGAGGUAGGGUUUCUGAAGAUUGUCAGUGAAUCUGCUUCCUUGCUUCAGGGGGAAGCUGGUUCCACCAAUCAGGUGCCAGGAUAGAGAAGAACAUUGCCUGGGCUGGCCGUGGGACGACCAAGAGACCAUAGGUGGCAGAACGGAGUGCUUGGGUUGGGGUGUAGGGUUUGAUUAUAGCCGGAAGGUAGGGAGGGGCAGUUC